AAAUCAAAACAUUAUCACCAUACCCACCCACAUACAUAGAGGAGACGUGGUCACUCUAGAUGCCUGUCAUUAACUCUCACACCACAUCCACAUCCCCAUUAAAGAUGGCAUUUCCAUUCUAUCAUAUUUUGGUGCAUUCUUCCUUAACAACAUAUUGGAUAUCACCCUCUACAUAGACAAGCACCUAACACUUCCUAUUGAAGCAAAUGGCUCAAACCAUGGUUCUCAUGUCUAGUGUCUCAAGUAGCUAUUCUGUGGAUUUGAAGAAAUACCCUUUGCUCCAACUACAAAGCCAAAGAUUAAGGCCUAAGUUUUCUCAUGUCUCAUUCAACCCACUGCCUUCAAAUUCUUUGCCCUUUUCAUCCCGUACAUUUACAACUCUCGCUCUUUUCAAAUCAAAGACCAAAUCCGCUCCUCCUAAGACCAAGGUUACAAAGCCAAAGCCAAAGGUUGAAGAUGGUGUCUUUGGCACUUCUGGAGGAUUUGGUUUUACUAAGCAGAACGAGCUCUUCGUGGGUCGUGUUGCUAUGCUCGGUUUUGCAGCAUCAUUGUUGGGUGAAGGUUUAACAGGCAAAGGAAUUCUAGCACAAUUGAAUCUAGAAACUGGAAUUCCUAUCUAUGAAGCAGAACCCCUUCUUCUCUUUUUCAUCCUUUUCACCCUUUUAGGUGCCAUUGGAGCUCUAGGUGACCGUGGUAAAUUUGUUGACGAUGACCCUCCUGCUGGAGCUGUUAUUCCUCCAGGCAAAGGCGUUAGAGGAGCUCUUGGUCUCAGUGAAGGAGGUCCUUUAUUUGGAUUCACCAAAGCCAAUGAGCUCUUCGUGGGAAGAUUGGCUCAAUUGGGUUUCGCUUUCUCUUUGAUCGGAGAAAUUAUUACUGGGAAGGGAGCUUUAGCUCAGCUCAACAUUGAAACCGGGGUACCAAUUAAUGAAAUCGAACCGUUAGUGUUGUUCAAUGUUCUUUUCUUCUUCAUUGCUGCUUUGAAUCCUGGAACUGGCAAAUUCCUUACUGAUGAGGAGGAAGAUGAUUAGAUACUAACCCCUUUGUUUGUACCUAAAGAAUACUUGUUUUGUUCAUCUUCUAUCAAUGCAUUGAGUUCAUAAUAAACAGUUCCAUCGUCUCUC